CAAAGGCCUGCACACAUGGCCAAUCAGGCCAAUGUUAAAACCACCGCAGUAGGUGUGGGUUUCUAUGGAAACAGCGAGACUAAUGAUGGCGUGUAUCAGCUGACCUACUCGCUGUACAACGUCAACCACACGCUGAGCGGCGUGGAUAACCUGGUGGGAAACAGCAUGGGAAACAUUCAGAGCGGGUUAAAUCAGCACCUGGAGCGACUGGACGAGAUUUUCGCCACACGCGGUGACUAUGUGCAGACGCUGCGCUUCAUGCAGCAAAUGGCCGACAACAUCAUCCGGCAACUGGUAGGCCUGCCAGACUGGGAAAACAGCAAGGUGGACCUGGCCGAGGCGGCCGAUCAUAUCGCCCGUGCCGAGUACUACAGGUGGCUCACAUACCUAAUACUGCUGAUCCUGGACCUGGUGAUCUGCCUGGUGACCUGCCUGGGAUUGGCCAAGCAGUCCCGCUUGCUGCUGACCACGAUGAUGGUGUUUGGCGUCCUCACCUUGAUCCUCAGCUGGGCCUCGCUAGGAGCCGACCUGGCCACGGCUGUGGGCAUCAGUGACUUUUGCGUCUCACCUGACAAGUUCCUCAUGAAUCAGACCAAGGACUUCAUUACCAACGACAUCAUGCACUACUACCUGUACUGUAGCCAGACCCUGCCCAGCCCCUUCCAGCAGGCGCUGACCAUUUUCCAGCGGUCGCUGACCACCAUGCAGAUCCAGGUGCAGGGCCUGCUGCAGUUCGCCGUGCCUCUCUUCCCCACAGCGGAGAGGGACCUGCUGAGCAUCCAGCACCUGCUGAAUUCCUCGGAGGCCAGCCUGCACCAGCUUACCGCCCUGCUGGAUUGCCGGGGGCUGCACAAGGUAGGGGUGGCCUCUCGCUGGGGGGCGGCAUCACGCGGGGGGCUGUGA